UUUGAACCAUGGUUGGGUGGAGCCUAAAAUGAAGAAGUGACACUAACAGCUGGAGCAUUAAGAUACCAGGGAGAAGCAGCACAGAUUGACUACGGCUUUAUGUGCUGUGCAGUGCUUACACUGUAACAGGAACAGCAGGUCCAAAUGGAUGGAGUAUGUGACGACGAUCUCUGCUGGCUUCAGCUUGAUGACUUCAGGAUGCUGCUGAUCAAAACCAUCGACCCGUCCAGGAUCACACCUUACCUCCGCCAGUGUCAGGUGAUCACCGCUGAAGAUGAAGAGCAGCUCUUCAAUGAUCCAACCCUUGUUCUCAGGAGACGAAAAGUUGGGUUCCUGCUGGACACCCUGCAGAAGACGGGUGUGAAAGGUUACACCGCCUUUCUGGAGAGUCUCGAGCUCGAUUAUCCCAACCUUUACAGUCGCAUUACUGGAAAGGAGCCCAACAAGACCUUCAGCAUCCUCAUUGACACGGUUGGUGAAUCUGGGUUGACUGCGUUCUUGAUGUCAGAGCUUAGCCACUUACAGAGGGCACUGCAGGAGGAGAGGAGGCUCCGGCAGCAGGCCUGCUCAGCUGCAGAAGAUCAGAAGGCGUGGUCUUUCCAACAGAAGCUAAAGGAUCGUGAGCUGAUAAAGUUGACUGAACGUCUUCAGAAGUUACGAAGUGAACGGGAGUAUCUGACUGAGGAGGUGAAGCACCUCAGGGAUCACAACUACAGCCUGAUGGCCGACAUCAAUGCUCUGAACCAGGAGAAGAGCAACGCCUUACUGGCUAACAGAGAUCUGCAAAUAGAGGUGGAACGUCUGAAGAACACUGUGCUAAAAGCAGAAAAUGAGACCCGACUUUGGAAGCGAAAAACAAUGAGAACUAUGCCAGAGGCGAAGAGCCCGUCAAUCCCGGAUGAGCCUGUGUUACAACCUAAGGAAGAGCUAAAGGAGGAAAAGCCAAAAGAGACACAGACUCUGAAGCCGGAGAGCUUUGCUCCCAUGAACCUGGUCACCACAGUGUUCAGACUGAGGAGGGAGCUGCAUAAAGCAGAGGAGCAAAAAACCAAGAGUCUGGAAGAAAAGGAAGAACUAGAGCUGCUUUGCACUCAAUUGGAAGGAGAUGCCAAGAUGUACUGUCAGCAGGGCAAGCAAACUCUGCGACAACUGGAGGAAGUGAUCCAAGAGAGAGACAAGGCUCUGGCUUUGCAGGUGCAGAAGCAGGAAGAGGUGAGGCUGCUCCUGCACGAGAAAGAUCAGUAUAGGGCACGUGUCCGAGAGCUCACAGAAAAAUCGGACAAACUGGAGCUUGUGCUGCUGAGGUCAAAGGGAGAACAACUACAACUGAGGACACGUCUGCGCAAGCUUAACUUGAACUCUCAUCAGAGUGAAAAGAGUGCAAGCAGUGAAGAAGUGGAAGAGCCACGAGAAAGGACUUCUGAAGGUAAAGCAAGUUGUGGUUCUUGUUGCUCAGAACCCAGUGAGGUUUAUGGCACGGCCCAGCAGACGGCGGUCAGUUCUGCUGUGGAAGGAUCUAAAGAGAAACUGCCAGGUCGUGGAAAGUUUUGUUACCGCAGCAGGAAGCGAGCCCUGAGAUCAAAGUUAAACUGUACCGAAUUUGUAGCUGAGAAGCUUGAUGACAGCACUGGCAGUGACACCACCGAGUCAGACUGACAUCCUGUAAUAAAUAAUAGCUCGGACAUCGUACUGCAGGUUUUCAUACUGUACUGAUGCUGAAUUUAAAUGAACAUCAAAGAAAGCAAUCAAUAUCUGUGGAACUAAUCGUAGAAUCUCCAGUUUAAACUCUCGAAAAUGUUCAGUUGAAAGAAAAAUAAAAGAAGUUUUAAAGUCUGUGCAGCAUUUUUUUUUUAUUUGAAUUCAAGUGGACUUAAUUUUACCCUACUUUUAGAGCAAUGCACAUCAUAGAAAUGAACAAAGUUUGCUGGGUAACAUGAACUUAAUCUCUCUGUACUAUCCAGCAGUCGCACAUACUGAAUAGAGAAUAACGACAAAAAAAAAGAAACAUUGUGUUUUAUAACGUUGUGCAAAAAAAACAAACAAAAA